CAUUACUUCGAAUUCGGAUCGUCAUUGGCACUCUACCAGUACCAUCAGUUUCGCGUGGCAACAAAUUGCUCCAAAAUCUUUUCAAUUCAUCAACCAAAACCCCUCGCCAGGUUUGAGCUUAAACCUUCAGUCGUUACUAACAAAAACGAAAGCGAUAGCGAAAGCGAAAGCGAAAACGAAAAGCGAAACCAAACACAAUAAUAAGAAUGAUACUCCAGCUUCCUCGCUUGACAAACUCUCUCAGAGACCCGUUCGACAUCGAUCAGGCCUAUCUCCAACGCAAAGCCAUUCUACAGAAUCUCCAGAGGCCACGCAAUUCAGCAAACUCACUUGCUGAUUCAGAGCUUGCACGGAAGAUCGUACAUCGAUGGGAAGAAGCUUCAAUAGAAGUGCGACAAGCAUACAAGCAGUUCAUUGGGGCAGUGGUGGAGUUGAUUGAUGGAGAAAUGCCAUCUGAAGAGUUUUUUGUGGUGGCAUUGACAGCUUAUCGCCUUUUUGGUGGGCCAGCAGAGGAGGAUAAUGUCGCUGAUAGAAAGAUUGUUGUUGAGAAAAAGUUGGACUUGCAAACGUUAAUUGGUCAUGAUGUUUCUGAUGCUAAACUGCAAAAAGUUGCCUCUUUCGCUCAGAGGCUUUUUGGGUUGCAACCUAGUGAACAUAGUGCUGCUCUUGUUUCAGAAAGCCAUGUAAAUGGAGGUGGUGAUGGUUUAGAAUUUGGUGCAGACCUCAUCUUCCGAGCACCAGCUCGAUUUCUGGUUGAUGGUUCUUUGGAAGAUGAAGAAUUAAUGGAGGAUGAAAGUACUGCUCCUUCUCCUUUUCAUGAAGGAUGGUACAAUCACACUGAUGCUUCAAAUUAUCAAUUAGCUGCUGAUGCACGAAACUUUAAUUUAAGUUGGCUAAGAGAUGCAUGUGAUCGAAUAGUUAGAGGAAGUGUUUCACAGCUUUCUCAAGAUGAUUUGGCAAUGGCUAUAUGUCGAGUACUUGAUUCUGAGAAACGUGGUGAGGAGAUAGCUGGUGACCUAUUGGAUCUUGUUGGGGAUAGUGCUUUUGAAACUGUUCAAGACCUUAUAUUGCAUCGUAAGGAACUUGUUGAUGCUAUACAUCAUGGAAAGCUUGUGUUAAAAUCCGAAAAGACUACUUUAAAUUCUCAAUCACGAAUGCCUAGUUAUGGCACUCAGGUGACUGUUCAAACAGAGUCUGAAAAGCAAAUUGAUAAACUUCGGCGCAAGGAGGAAAAGAGACAUAGACGUGGAACUGAAUAUGGAGCUGAAGGCGAUGUGUCUGCUACAAGUUUUUCUUCUUUACUUGAAGCAAGUGAGAAGAAAAAUUCAUUUGAUGACCUGAUUGGGUCUGGCCAAGGGCCCGUAGCAGCCACUGCACUUCCUCAAGGAACUGUGAGAAAGCACUUUAAGGGGUAUGAGGAGGUUAUUAUCCCCCCAACACCGACAGCACAAAUGAAACCUGGAGAAAAGCUGAUUGAGAUUAAGGAGUUGGAUGACUUUGCUCAAGCUGCUUUUCAUGGCUAUAAAUCUCUGAACCGUAUACAGAGUCGUAUAUUUCAAACUGUUUAUUACACAAAUGAGAACAUACUAGUUUGUGCUCCUACUGGAGCUGGUAAGACAAAUAUAGCUAUGAUUUCAAUACUACAUGAGAUAGGACAGCACUUCAAGGAUGGUUACUUACAUAAAAAUGAAUUUAAGAUAGUUUAUGUCGCUCCCAUGAAGGCAUUGGCUGCUGAGGUGACAUCAACGUUUGGCCACCGUUUAUCUCCUUUGAAUAUGACUGUGAGAGAACUUACAGGAGACAUGCAACUUUCAAAGAAUGAACUUGAAGAAACUCAGAUGAUAGUGACAACACCAGAGAAAUGGGAUGUCAUUACUCGCAAAAGCAGUGACAUGUCACUCUCAAUGCUGGUGAAGCUCUUAAUUAUUGAUGAGGUUCAUCUUUUAAAUGAUGAUAGAGGUCCUGUGAUAGAGGCACUUGUUGCUCGGACCCUCCGUCAG